CUGAUGCGGGGAGCUGGUUGCGCACACUCGAGCGGAACUUUGCGCUUGUGGACAUCCCGCCUGUGGAAUGCUGCGCGGACCGUGUUUGGAGGAAUAACCUGGACUCACCGGACCGCCAGGCUCCAGUCAUGUCUCCUCACCUCCGUGCUUCAUCGUCUGUCUGGCUGAUGUUGUGCUACCUGCUCAGUGUCCUGCUGCUGUCCUCAGGUGUCCAUGGCCAAGGUCGCCUCAAACUGACGGUGCUGUCUGAAGAUAGACUGCAGAUGAAAUGGAAGGAGGCCGACGGACCGGUUCAGGGCUACAAGGUCCGAGUGAGGCCCAUCUCAGAGGUGCCACAGCCGGAGCUGAUGCUGACCACCACCAGGGGCCGGGCAACGGUGGCAGGACUGGACUCCAGUCAGGAAUACUCCCUCCAAGUCCUUGUGCUCAAUGGGACGACAGAGAAACUCCUCGCAAAGAGACGAUUCACCAUGGAAAGUCUGCGGGAGGAGGAGGUGAUCCGCAGCGGCAGUCGAGAGCAGAAGAAGAAGAUGCUGCCGGGCGGUUCGGGAUCAGGAGACCUGGACGAUGUGACAGAAGCUCUGCUGGGGCUGCCGACCGUCUUGUACCCGGACCCCACGAGUCUGACCCAGUACAGCGGAGACCCUCGGACAGAGUGGCAUCUCAACAACUUCACCACCAAAGAGCAGCUGUUGGAGGCAGUGAGGAACUUCAGAUAUAAAGGAGGAAACACAUUCACUGGCCAGGCGCUGCUCCAUGUCAUGGAGGAGAACAUGAGGCCCGAGGCAGGCGCGAGGUUGGACACGCCGUUGUUCCUGGUCCUGCUGACUGACGGGAAGUCUCAGGAUGACGCCAUCGCUGCAGCGAACCGCCUGAAGAAUGCAGGCGUGGAAAUCAUCGCAGUGGGUGUGAAGAACGCAGACGAAGCCGAGCUGAGGCAGGUGGCGUCGGACCCGGUGGAUCUGAACGUCUACAAUGUUAAUGAUUUCCCUCUGCUCAGCAAACUGGUGGCCCGACUGGUCCACAUCUUGUGCGGGAGGAUCGAGGACCGUGGCAUCACGAAACGGAUGGAGCCUGGACCCACAGCGGACCCUGCGGUCUCCUACCCCAGCCCCACUGACCUCCGGUUCUCCGAACUCGGUUCCAGAUCGGUGAAGCUCCACUGGAUCAAUCCUGCUAAAGCGGUGCAGCAGUACAGAGUGGUUUACCACAGCGCCGAGGGUCAGAGUCCACAGGAGGUUGUGUUGCCCGGCUCCGAGUCCACUGUGCUGCUGGACGGUCUCUCCUCUCAGACUCUGUACCACGUCUCCAUCUUCCCCGUGUACGAACACAACGUCGGCCUCGCGCUCAGAGGAACCGUCACCACACUGCCUCUGGCCAUGCCGGCCAACCUGCAGGUGACUCCUUCCUCCUACAGCUCGCUGCAGGUGAGCUGGGGUGCAGCUCCAGGAGCAACACAGUACAUGAUCCUGUACUCGGCGCUCAGCCACGGAGAACCUGACGACGCCAAGGAGGAGAAGUUCGGUGCAGACCAGACCGUGGUGGAGCUGACGGACUUGCUGCCGGCGACAGACUACUCCGUCACGCUUUAUGCGCUCUAUGACGAGGAUCCCAGCGACCCGGUCACUGCCGUUGCCACCACAUUCCCUCUCCCGCCGCCGGUGAGCGUCCACUUCCCGACGGUCACCCACAGUGGGCUCAGGGUGAGCUGGGUUCCCGGCGCCGCGGACGUCCCCGGACACCGAAUCACCUACAGCACCAACCACGGCAGCGACGUCAAGCAGGUGGAGGUCAAAGGGCUGAACUCGGUGCUGGUCCAGAACCUGUCCUCUCUGUCCCGAUACCUGGUUUCAGUCCAGUCUCAUUACCCACAAGGCCUUUCUGCUGCACUCACCAGUAACGUCACCACACUGAAGGUUCCGUCUCCGUCAGACCUCCGGGUCAGCAACUUCUCGGGCAGUGACAUCACCGUCCGUUGGGAUCCCGCUGCCGAUGACGUCGUCUCUUACCUCAUCAAGUGGAUCUCGCUGAGCGGAGGAGACCUGCGACAGCUGAGGGUGAGCGGCGGCAGCAAGGGAGCGAUUCUGGAGGGAGUGGAGGACGAUAAGGAGUACCAGAUCUCUCUGUCUGCGCUGUACGGAGACGGAGCUCAGAGCGAAGCAGUGGCCACGAGAUACAGCACAUUGUCCGGCGGAGGCCCGUCCAGCGUUUCGGUUUCUGAGGAGACGGCGGUCAGCUUCGUAGUCAGCUGGACGCCGCCCAACGCUCACGUCCUCCAGUAUCGGGUCUCCUACACGGCUCUGACCGGAUCCGAAGCCCAAGACAGCACCGUUCUGGUCUCAGGCGGCGAGAAGCGAGUGUUGCUCGAGUCUUUGCAGCCGGAUACACGUUACAGCGUCUUGGUCACGGCCGAGUACCGCAACAGAGAAGGAGGCAGCGGGUCGGCUCAGGGAAAGACCGCCAGUCUGAGGGUCAGCAGCGUCAGCGUGGUCCGGUCGGACCACUCCAGCAUCUGUGUGUCCUGGAGACCAGUUUCUGCCGUUGACGGAUAUCGACUCGUCAUUCAGUCUGUUAAAGACAAACAGACGAAGGAGGAAAUUGUGGACGAGUCCAGCAGCAGUCACUGUUUCACGGAUCUGGAGGCCGAGACUCUGUAUCGCAUCAGCGUCCACUCGCUCCUGGGCUCAGCAGAGGGCGCCGCCGUGUCCAUCCUGCACCCCACAGCCACGGCUGCGGCCAGAAUUCCCAUCCACCCCCGGCUGUACCCGAUACACAACGAAGUUUGUCCUGAGGUCACCAUCAGAAACAGCAUCGUUAAAGGCUUCGACAUGAUGGAGGCGUUUGGUCUCACCCAGAGAGCUCACUCGUCGGUCGAAGGCGUCGCAGCCGAGCCGUUCGUCUUCAACACCGUCCCGACCUACACCCUGUACAGAGACGUCCAGCUGACUCAGAGCACCAAGUUCAUCCACCCGGCAGGUUUCUCUCCAGAACACACCAUCAGCAUCGCCUUCCGCCUGCUGCAGGACACGCCCAGAGAACCGUUCGCUCUCUGGCAGCUCACCGACAACGAUUUCCAGCCAAAGAUGGGAGUCGUCGUGGACCCGGCGACCAAACAUCUGCUGUACUUCAGUCUGGACUACAGAGGGGAGGUUCAGGAACUGACCUUCGACCAGCCGCAGGUUCACCGCUUGUUCUACGGCAGUUUUCACAAGGUUCACCUGUCGGUCAGCCAGGUGAGCGUUUCUCUGUCUGUGGACUGCCAGCGUGUCGGCGAGCGGCCGGCUCGUCCUCUGGGAAACCUGCCCACCGACGGCUUCGAGAUGCUGGGAAAGCUGGUGAAGACCCGCGGGCCCAACAGCGGAUCGGCACCAUUUCAGCUGCAGUCCUUUGAGAUCGUCUGCAACACCACGUGGGCUUCAGAAGACACCUGCUGCGACCUGCCAGGAGUGAGGGACGAGGAGAGCUGCCCGGCUCCGGCCUUCAGCUGUACCUGCACCUCGGACGUCCCCGGAGCUCCCGGUGCUCCCGGACCGACCGGGAGGCCCGGUCCUCGCGGUGAAAAAGGCGACAAGGGAGACCAAGGCCAGAAGGGGGAGGUGGGUCCUCCAGGAAAGGCCGGCUUCGAGGGAGGCCUCGGCCUGGUGGGCAGCGCAGGACCACGAGGCAUCACGGUGCAGGGAAAAGUGGGUCCACCGGGAGCAAGAGGAGAAAAAGGAGAUCCUGGGCGACCUGGAUUACAGGGUUUGCCUGGACCUCCAGGUCCUAAAGGGGAGGAGGGAAUCCCCGGCCCCAAGGGAAUCAGGGGCGUCGAAGGGAACAUCGGUGGACCAGGAACCACCGGACCUCGGGGUUUCCAGGGAAUGCCUGGAUAUCCGGGGCCGAUAGGGGAGAGGGGACCUUCAGGAUCCGUUGGACCGACGGGUCUGCCGGGGAAUAAAGGGGAACGAGGAGAAAAGGGGGAACCUCAGUCUAUGGCCAUCAUCUACCAGCUGGUCACACAAGCCUGUGAGCAGCUGGUACACAAGGAGGUGCUGAAGCUCGACAUGUUCAUUAACGAGAUCAGUCGGAAGCCAGCUCCGAUCGAGGAGCCGGUGGGGCCUCCGGGGGAACCGGGUAUACCAGGACCCAAAGGCCCACCGGGCGGCCGGGGCAACCAGGGGAACGUCGGGAACCGAGGGAGACCCGGCAAGCCCGGAUAUCCAGGAGAGCAGGGAAGACGAGGGAUGCCGGGGGAGAAAGGUGACGCCGGGUCCAACGUCCAGGGCCCAGCGGGGAUCAAAGGAUUCGCAGGUCUUCCAGGUGAGUCCAAGCUGGGAACUCCGGGCUCCAAAGGAGACGACGGUAAGCCGGGACCACCGGGGUUCCCCGGACCACCCGGCCAGCCCGGUGAGAUCGGACCACCGGGUGUGUGCGACAGCAGUGGAGGCUGCCACAGAGCUCCUCAGCAAACAGAGGAUCCUUAUUACGGCUACCAGCCCUGAGCGGAGGCCGGGAAUCCCACAGCAGUGCUGAGGUGACUGUAUGAAAUAGCUGCUGUUUCCUCUGGAGGUAAAAGACUGAAAACGAACGUGCCACUGAAGAGGUUUCACAUGUUGAACGUAGCAGACGUGGACACUUCAUCGCAUGUGAGCAAAGGAAGCAACACAGGAAGGAUCUCCGUCUCUGUGCUCUUGUUGCAGAGAUUAUUUGUAAAACGUGGCUGAGAGAUGAAUUUAGGGAGCUUUGUAACGUAGAAUAGAUGAAUAGAUAAGAAACGUGUUUUUCCCAGUGGGAUCAGUGAAGUGCUGUCUCAUACACCGUAUUCGCACUGAAACCUUCAUGUAUUCAUGCACUGUAUCGAUGCCCGUUAGCUUAGUCCUCUGUGUGUUUCAUUUGCAAUUCUAACCUUAAACUGCCUCAAAGGAUCAUGAAAACACGUCGUCCAUGGUGCACAAGCUUCUUUUUGUUCCAUGGUAGGAACGAUACUGUGAGAAUGUCUGUCGUCUGUCCCGUGUACCAUAAUUUGUAUAUUGUUUAUUGUGUUUCCUGGUUAUCCGUGUAUAUUUUAUACAGUAUGAAUUCUAACUGAUGUUUACAUUUUCUGAUUUCCUGGGUUUGGGUCGUAAGCUUUAGUGUGCGUGAGAGAGAGAGAGAGAAAGAGAUGGAUGGAUGGUGUUUGUCUGUUUGUUUUUUUAUCUUGUUAAUAAAAUCCUAUAAAUAUGUGUCGAA